CGCUUCCACGGCAGGAAGAGUAACGAGAGCGCUUGAGAAAGACGUUUAACAUGCAGUUUUAUCAGCUCAGACGUGGGUGAAGUUACGUGUUUGUGGAUAAGACGAUUUAAAACGAAGAAAAAUAAAUCCCGGGGCAUCCAGAUUUUCUCCUUUUUACAGCGCAGCUGUCCAGGACGGGUCUACAACACUUUGUACAUGUCUGGGAGAACAGAGAGGCGGCGAGAGAAUGAAGAGUUCCUGAGAUGCUCGACCGACUUGUUCAUGAUUUUCUAAGGCCUCCAGAAGCUGAAGACGGGGUGUCAGUGACAGCACGAGUGACCUCUCUGAGCUGCCACCAUGGCCCUGGUUCAGCCUCUACCCGUAUCCACUGAGCCCCACACCCCAGGCCUCAGUGGAGGAGCUCGCAGACGACAUCCCUCCGCCCCUUCACCCCCCAUCAAUGUGCCACCUGCCACUCUGGAUCCUAUGGGUUCUGUUGGUAGCCUCAUCACCACCCACACCAGCUCCUACCAGGACCACCGCCCCGGUGUUGAGCUAGGAGCCAGAAUCCGACGGCCCACACCAGGAGCUUCCUGCCUGGGCUCCGAGUCACCACAACAGGAUCUGUUACUGCAGAGCAUCCCGCCAGUCAAGAAACAGAGCUCCACAACGUCCAGCAGAGGGCUGGAGAAGGAGACAGGGAAUGGGAACUACACCUAUCUGAAUGAGGACUACAUCGGUGACUGGAAUGACAACCAUGUGACACCUGGCAGCCCAGGAAGUGAAGUGGACGAGAUUAGAGAAGGAUUAAAUGGAAAUAUGGGGGGGCCUCCUCCAAAACUGAUCCCAGUGUCAGGAAAACUUGAGAAGAACAUGGAGAAAACAGUGCUGCGGCCCACUGCCUUCAAACCCGUCAUUCCCAAGAGCCGGUCCUCGAUGCAGUAUCUCUCGCCUCGCCAUUGUGCCAAUGUUCCAGAAAGCCAAAACAACCUGAACCUGCUCAGCCCCACCCACAGAGACAUGUCACCCUCCUGCUCUGAGAAGCGCAGCUCCUACAGUGGAGGGCGUAAUGCCGCCGGUGGCAGCAACCAGUCCUGCUCGUUGUCCGACUCUGGACGCAACUCCCUCUCCAGCCUACCGCCUUACAGUGCCACCAGCUACAACUUGCAGUCGGGAGAGGCCUCCACCAGCCACUUAGAGCCCAUGAAGAGCGCUCCGCCAGUGACUGUACACGGACACUCCAACUCAGACAGCGGGCGCUCCUCCUCCAGUAAGAGCACAGGCUCUGGGUCGAUAAGUGGGCGGGGGCAGCCCCUGUCUGACAGCGGCUCCGGUGGGCGUUCUCCUGGCCCCGUGGAAGGUUAUGAGGGGGUGGUGAGGGACCUGGAGGACAAACUGAGGGAGAGAGAGCUGGAGCUGCAGCAACUCAGAGACAACCUGGAUGACAAUGAAGCUGCAAUAUGUCAGCAGGUUUAUGAGGAGAAGCAGAAGCGCUUUGAGCUGGAGCUGGAGGAGCUGAGGCAGAGCUGUGCCACCAGGAUGCAGGUAGCCUCUCAGAAAGCCCAGCGCGCCCAGCAGGUGCUUCAGCUGCAGGUUUUCCAGCUCCAGCAGGAGAAGAAGAAGCUGCAGGAGGACUUCGCCCAGCUUCUGAAGGAGCGGGAGCAGCUCGAGGAGCGCUGCACCUCCUAUGAGCAUGAGAAGAUCCAGAUGGGGCCUCGACUCGAGGAGACCAAGUGGGAGGUCUGUCAGAAGUCGGGUGAAAUCUCACUGCUGAAGCAGCAGCUGAAGGAGGUGCAAGGUGAGUUAGCUCAGCGUGUGGGGGAGAUCGUCUCAUUGCGGGGUCAACUCAGAGAGACUCGAGGCGAGCUGACUAACACCCAGGUGCUGCUCCAAGAGGCCCACGGCACCAUUCGCACUCGAACCCUGGAGCUGGAGGUGUGUGAAAAUGAGCUUCAGCGUCGCAAGAGUGAAGCGGAGCUGCUUAGAGAAAAGGUAGGACGCUUGGAGGUGGAGAUGGCUCAUCUCAGAGAUGCUCUGGCCAAUCAAGGCCCAGGAAACAGACAGUGCCAGGUGUUCCAGGAAGCCGAGGAGCAGCUGCUCGCCUACGAGAGUGACGAGGCGAAGGCGCAGCGGCAGAGCAGCACAGAGGCCCUGCAGAGCAUGAUGGACAGGAUGAGAUCCGAGCUGGCCUUUGAGCGUCAGAAAGCUGAGCAGCAAUUGGGAAGCUUUGAGGAGGAGCGCAGGAUAUGGCAGGAGGAGAAGGACAAAGUAAUCCGCUACCAGAAGCAGCUGCAGCAGAACUAUGUGCAGAUGUAUCGCAGGAACCGAGAGCUGGAGCAGCUCCUGCAGGAGCUCAGUCUGGAACUGGAGAGCAGAGAUGAUGACGAGGGCAGUGGCAACGAGAUCAACUUUGAUGAGAUUGCUGCAACAGAAAUUUGACCCUCGUAUCUGUCCUUUUUUUUUUUUUGCACUACUGUCAGCUAAUUGUUUUUCCCCCGUUCAUGUUCAGACAAGCAUAAAAGUGUCUCAGAUGUAAAAAUGUGGCGUGUAAAUCUGGCCCCACUUCAGUUCUGCUUCAUUGGUCAGGUCUUCAAGUCUCACCUGAAAAACCGCUGACCUUUAAUUAGCUGUUAGCCGUCCACCUCAGUCCUCUGCCCCUCUGUUAAUGUCUGUCAGUGCUGACACCCACGACAGUCUGAUCCUCUCACAGUUUUCGAAGUUCAUGGGAGAUGUUGUUUGAGUGAAGUUAGUCACCCACAACCUUUCCCUAUCCUCCCCUGUGUUGGUUAUAACUCCACCUUUCCUGCUGGCUUUAGCACCACACUCCCACUCUGUUAUAAGUCAGCUCUCAUUAGUGCAGUUAAUUUGGAUGGAGCCCACGCUGCUGUCAGCGGACGUGGGAUACCACACAUUCAGGAUGUCAUGAUGAAGAGUGAAUGAAUCAGAGCCUGGUGCUAAUCUCUGACAGGUCUAUGUUGUUGUUUUUCCCAGAACUAGUCAGGCUUUUAUGUAAACUGCUUCAUGAACAUCAUGUAAACUGUGAAGCUUUCUCUCCAUUUUCACUGGGGUAGAAAAAUUUGGAUGGAACAAAAAACUAAAUCUAUACAGAUUUUUCUGUAGCCCAAACAUGUUCUUUCUGGACCUGUAAUAUAAGGCCCAGGUAUACGAAAACGAUGUUUAGGCUUCCUUAAAAUGCACUCUAGUUUAAAUAUUUCAAGUCGACCUUUAAAGCAUUUUUCUUCUUUUUGGUCACAAUAUGCACUUAUAAUGGUGGAUGCUCAUUAAACAUGGCCAAAGUUUAAAAAAAAAAAAUUAGGGCAGCAUUUGUGCAAGUAAUCCCUGUGAGCCAAAUGCUCAGGCUUUUUAAAGUGCAUGUCCUUAAUAUAGUCAUUUCUGGUACACAUCAGUCCCAGCCACCUGCUGUUCACACCUUCUGUUAGCGAGGGGCAGCCAAUCGAAAGAUGGCUUGAAGCUGCACCAAGGCCCAGUACAAGAUAAAGUAGAUUGCACCCACUUAAGACAAUGCUCAGUGCCCGAGGAGCAGCUCUCUGCUCGGCAUUGCUUAAGAUGUUACUGAGUGCAUCUUUUACAGAAGCUGCAUCAAAAGCACAGAGCCGAUGAUGAGGAUCUGCACAGGAAGUGCAGAUCACACAAACCGUCCUGGUCUGAUUUGAUGGUUUGCAAAGAACGAAGCAAAACCGCGUCAGAGAGGUGACGUCAGACAUGCAACCAGUGUAUUCCCCAGGGCAGAAGCAGUAUGGAGCUGUAAUGAGCAUAAUAGGUUCUCUUUAUCCCUGAAUGAAUGCACAGGGUGGAAGUAAUGUCAUGAACAUCUGUCCAGUCUUAAUUGACAGUAAUUAAACACCACCACCUGGAACGAAUAUCACUUUAACACCACUGCACAUAUCGCUUUGACGCUUGCACACACAAACAUCUGUGCCACUGAAUUACAUUCAAAGUUGAAGGAAACCCCGAAUAAAAGGCCUUUUUGGUUUUAAGUUUAAUAAAUGCAUGAUUUUUUAAAUAAAUCAAUAGUCCUGUUAAUCAAGAUUGCAAGAUUUUAAAUAAAAUCAUCACAAUUGUGGUUUUUGCUUUAAUUGAGCAGCCAUAUUUUGAGGCUCUUGCUUGACUGUGUGUAUGUAAUGAGUGUGCAGCAGUGCCUCACAAAUGAAGUACAAAGGGAGCAGUUAACAGUGCAGAUUUGGAUCUCCUCAGACAUCCACGAAUAUUAAAGGGAAACUCGUAAUGUUACACAGCAUAUCGUGGCCGUGUUCCCUCCAUGAUUGCUUUAUUUUAAAGUCAUAAUUGCAGAAUCUUGUUCUCUCUGAGAGGAAGUAGAUGUUCUGUGUGGGUAAAGCGUUAUUAAUGUUUCCGUAUUACUCAUCGCUGACACGGCGAGCUCUUGCACAGAGUGACGUUUUCGUUUAAAGUCAAACUACUUUUCCACCGACUGCUCGUACCACACUGUUCCUCUCUUACUGCUGAGUGACUCAUCAGUAUCCUCCAUUUAUUAUGUAAAUAAACCUCACUUGUCACACGUACACAUAAAAGUUUUCUUCCAGAGAUGUGUGUUCAUCUCACAAUCAAAGCAUAGCCACUGUGAAUAGACCAAAGCAAUGCCCCCUCCUAUAUUUUGCUCCUACAGAUAUGAAGCCUGUGUAAUUAACGUUUUGUGUAGAUGUUUGUUUUGGUCCCUCAGUAUAAUUUUAUAAUCCACAAUAUUUGUAUGAAGACAUUAAAUGUAUAUUUUCAUGCUGUACAUUUCUUGAACAAACCCACUCUGGUUUUAAUUAAAAAAAAGAGGCGAA